GUAUCAAGCAGAGACUGUGGUACUGGCCUGUCCUCAGUGAGAAUGGAGGUCUCACCGACUCUGCUGCAGGUCAUCUGUAGCAACAACAACCAGACGACGCUGGUAGUUGAUUGUGGCAGCAAUAUUUGGUAUGAAAAAGUCACCGGUUUCUGCAACAGUUUUGAUCUCAAUAUUGGUCACGUUUUGAUG